AUGAGCGUUUUUGCCGGCAACCCCCUGAAAAGGGGCCUCUUGGGCAUGGUGCGACGAAAUACCGGAGCCGAAAAAUUCCAAACCGCUCCCGGAAAAAUGUCGAUCCUCGGUUGGGCCUCCUCUGUGGGCUCUGGGGUCGCCAUCCUCACUUGCCUUCUCUACACCCCGUACCUCUGGGGCCAGAUCGAAGAGGUCCGCGUAACGGUUGCUCGCAUGAGCGACCACUUCCAGGUCAAGGAGAUGCAGAUCGUCGAGCAGCUCAAGCUUGCCCGCAAGAACGUCGGCCGCGCUCGUGUGGCCCGUGACGCUUGGGAGGACUGGCACCGUCGCAACGGACACCAGCAGCAGAACAACGGAUGGGGAUGGGCCGGACCCCCUCGGGCUUCUCCUGCUCCUCCCAGCCCCGACCGCGGAUACGGAGGUGGCCAAUGCCAGUGCGACUCCUACAAUCGUUGCCCCGCUGGACCUCCCGGACCCCCUGGAACUCCCGGAGAGAACGGAUACCCCGGAGCCCCUGGAGGCCGCGGAACCCCUGGAGCCCCUGGAGUGGUUCCCGAGGAGCACCGUCACGUUUCCGGACCUGCCGGAGACAACGGAGCCGCUGGAGCCCCUGGCCAGCCCGGACAGAACGGAGGAUCUGGACGCCCUGGAGGCCCCGGAGCCCCUGGAGCUCGAGGACACGACGGAAACCCUGGAUCUCCUGGAUCCCAGGGCCGCGACGCCAACUACUGCCCUUGCCCCAGGCGUUACGCCCACAAGGCC